CACACUUUAAACUCUCCUUGAUUCUGCACAACAAUUUGUUCUCAAACCUGCCGAAAUUCACGAUGGCUGCUGCUGCUAGAACUCUUCGCAUUGGUCUCAUCCCCGGAGACGGUAUCGGACGGGAGGUCAUCCCGGCUGGUCGCCGCGUUCUGGAGGCUCUGCCUUCGUCGCUGAACCUGAACUUCAGCUUUGUCGAUCUGGAUGCUGGUUUCGACACCUUCAAGCGGACCGGUUCCGCUCUGCCGGAUAAGACGGUCGAGACCUUGAAGAAGGAGUGUGACGGUGCUUUGUUCGGAGCUGUCAGCUCCCCCAGCACCAAAGUAGCCGGCUACUCCUCCCCCAUCGUCGCCCUCCGCAAGAAGCUCGACCUGUACGCCAACGUGCGGCCCGUGAAGACGACCGCCGGUGGCAGCCACAACGGCAAGCCGAUCGACCUGGUGAUCGUGCGCGAGAACACCGAGGACCUGUACGUGAAGGAGGAGACGACGCGCGAGACCCCCGAGGGCAAGGUCGCGGAGGCGAUCAAGCGGAUAUCGGAGCGGGCCUCGUCGCGUAUCUCGACCAUUGCCGGAGAGAUCGCGCUGCGCCGGCAGAAGAUCCGCACCACGGGCCCCGCGGGGUUGUCCACCACGGCGCGCACCAGCCCCAUGGUCACCAUCACUCACAAGUCCAACGUGCUGUCGCAGACGGACGGCUUGUUCCGCGAGACCGCCCGGCGCGCUCUUGCCGCGAGCCAGUUCAAGGAGGUCGAGGUCGAGGAGCAGAUCGUCGACUCCAUGGUGUACAAGCUCUUCCGUCAGCCCGAGUACUACGACGUGAUUGUGGCGCCGAACUUGUACGGUGACAUCUUGUCUGACGGCGCUGCGGCCCUGGUCGGCAGUCUGGGUCUCGUGCCCAGCGCCAACGUCGGUGACGGUUUCGCCAUCGGUGAGCCCUGCCACGGCAGUGCCCCCGAUAUUGAGGGCCAGGGCAUCGCCAACCCCAUCGCCACUCUCCGCAGUGUGGCGCUGAUGCUCGAGUUCCUGGGCGAGGAGGCCGCCGCCGCCAAGAUCUACGCCGCCGUCGAUGGCAACCUCGAUGAGGGCAAGUUCUUGUCGCCUGAUAUGGGUGGCAAGGCUACCACCCAGCAGGUGUUGGAUGAUGUUCUCAAGCGUUUGUAAGGGAGAGAUCAGCGGUUGAUUAUGUAUAUUAGCGAGUGUGGGUUGUGAGAGUACACAACAAGGGACAAAAGUUGCGUUCUCGAGUGCUAGGUAUGGGACCGGAAUAUUGAUGAUAUACUGUUAGCUGUCUCUGUCCUCGAGUGGUUCAGU